UGCAGUGCAUUCAAGUUGGCUGAAGGGGGCUCUGUGAAGUCUGACUCUGGCUCUUCUCCACCCUGAAACUUCUCAGGUUUGUGGUGCUGAUUCAGGCUCCAUCAAACCAGAGAAGAAGUUGCCUAUAGACAACUUAUGUACAGCGUUGUACAUGGCACACAUAAAUUGCAUUACAUUGCAUAUGAAGGUUCGAUGAAAUGAUGGACAAGUGCAGGGCAGACACAGUACGCUCUGUGACUGUAAGCCUUGGGCAGAUAUCUUAAUGAUUUUCCCUUUGUGCAAACCAGUAUGUUCUCUCAAAAACACGGUACCUAGUUGUGACUAAAGACAUCAAAAAAAGGGUGUUUUUAUUUCCAUAGACAAGGAAAAAGUGUUUGUUUAGAGAUUGGCUAUCAUAGCCUAAAGGCAAAGCUUCAGGCUGAGUUGUGUGAUUGAGGUAAGGCAAAGGAUUGGCUGCAAAAGGGAUAUGGACAGUGUUCCCACUGAAGCCUGCAGGUUUGGGGCUAUCUUUAUGCCAUUAAACGGGUUUAGAAAUGCAAGUUUUAAUCGUGUGGCAGUGAUGCCAUUACGAAACGUUCGAGCAGAUGGUGCUGCGGGAUGACUGGUAGCUGUUAGCAGGCUGUCUGAAGUGUUGAUGCUAGCUGAACACAGCGAGAAUGGGAACCGCUCCAUGACAGCUUUGCACAGGAAAUGUGGGAAUGAGCUGCCGCCGUGCUGGGCUGCCAGAGCAGAGCUGCUGACAGCGGUGGCUGAAGGAAGAUGCGUGAUUAAAAGCACCAAAGAGAUUUGCAGCCUUGAGUCAAAGUGUAUCAUCUCAGCCAAGCACCCCUGACAGUUACUGUGUGCUUCUGGGCACACUGAGUGAUUAAAAAGAAGCUAAAGAAUUAUUGUGCAGAUAACAAUUCUGCAAAGGCAGAAAAAGGUAGAAACACAGAUUUCCUCCUUUCUUUGCAGGCCCUGAGGAGCUGCCAGCCACCAGCUAAAGACUCCAAGAGACUCACUAUGGCCAAUGGGAGCUGGGCCACAGAUCGAGAACAGCUCCUGAGGAGGGUGCAGGACCUGGAGGAGGAGGUGAAGCAGCUGCAAGAGAAGUUGUCAGAGGGGAAGGAGGGCACUGCAGUGAAGGACACCCCUUCGACCUCCAGGAAAUCCAAGAAGCAGCAGCAGCGGCCAUUUGAUUUCAGUGCCCACAGCCGCAGGCACGUGGCACUGAGGAUCGCCUACCUCGGCUGGGGGUACCAAGGCUUUGCCAGCCAGGAGAACACCAGCAACACGAUUGAAGAGAAGCUGUUUGAAGCCCUGAAGAAGACACGGCUGGUAGAUAAUAGACAGACCUCCAACUAUCACCGCUGUGGACGGACAGACAAAGGAGUCAGUGCCUUUGGACAGGUGAUUUCCCUAGAUCUUCGCUCUAACCUCUCGGAGGAAAAGAAACUAAAUGGUUGCACGGGUGAUUCGGAGGGAAAAAGCAGUAAAUCUGAGGAAGAGCUCCGCUACACCCACAUUCUGAACAGGGUGCUCCCACCUGACAUCCGUGUGCUGGCCUGGGCCCCCGUGGAGCCAGACUUCAGUGCCCGGUUCAGCUGUCUCAAGAGGACCUACCGCUACUUCUUCCCCUGUGCAGACCUGGACGUGGCCCUCAUGCACACUGCAGCCCAGCGCUAUGUGGGGACGCACGACUUCCGGAACCUCUGCAAAAUGGACGUGGCCAAUGGCGUCAUCAACUUCCAGAGAACAAUUCUCAGCGCCCAGGUAACGUGGGUGGAUGGGGGAGCUGAAGGUGGCCUGCGGGACCCUUUCCGACUGUGCCAGUUCGAGGUGACAGGACAGGCAUUCCUCUACCACCAAGUGCGCUGCAUGAUGGCCAUCCUCUUCCUGAUUGGACAAAGGAUGGAGGGCCCAGAGAUCAUCGACGAGCUGUUGGACGUGGAGAAGAACCCUCGAAAACCACAGUACAGUAUGGCCGUGGAGUUCCCCUUGGUCCUGUAUGACUGUGAGUUUGAGAACAUCCAGUGGCAUUAUGACCCGGAAGUGCAGGAGUUCAAUGUUACCCACCUGCAGCAGCUCUGGGCCAGCUACGCCGUCAAGACUCAAGUGCUGCACAACAUGUUACGAGGCCUGGACGCUGCUCCCAUGGCUGCAGGGAAAGACCCGGGGAAUGCCGCCCCUGUGCUCUGGGGAGACCUGAAGCCUCCGGUGCACAACCAGGCCAGCAGCUUUGUGGAAGGUGUCCGUGCCCGGGCCUACAGACCGCUGCUGGAGCGGCCCCGGUGCGAGGGCCUGGAGUCCCGCAUCCAGCAGUGCCUGCGCAGGGGCCGCGGGCAGGCCGAGCGGGCGGCCAAGCGCCUGUGCACGGGGGAGGGGCCGGGGGGGGGCCGCUGAAGGGCGGCUUUUUGCGCGGGUUUGGUUUAAAUGCGUUUUUCCUUGCGAUUUUUAUAAAUUCCUGUUGGCCUUAAAAGUAGCGGUGCUGCGUUACGGCCUGCGGGGGGACGGGGCCGGGCCUGGGGCGCCGAGGGCUGCCGGGGCACGACACGAUACGACACGA